AUGGACGGAUCGAUCGACAACACCACCUACCCGGAGAUCGCGGCAGGCAUCAUCGCGGCGAAGACAGCGAAGCGCGAGGGUCCUGGUUUCCAACUGGAGGGCGGCAAGGUCGUGGCGACUCUCGUGAAUAUUUCCUUCGACGGAUCGUAUCGCAACCGAAACCACACCUCACACGGCGUCAACGUCGUCGCGUCUGUGAAGCGCAUGAAGCCGGACCAUCGGGGUCUCAUGGAUUCGGUGUUGGAUCAAGUAACCUUCGGCCGCCAUAUCGGCAAGGAUGCCCCGCUUCAGCCCGUUUGCGCUCUCAGCCGAAACAAGGGAUUUUGCCGUGUUCACGGAAAGGCAGAAGAUUGGGACAGCCGCAGGCGCCCUGCAAAGGGGUCGUCGCCCGAGGANCGAAACAAGGGAUUUUGCCGUGUUCACGGAAAGGCAGAAGAUUGGGACAGGCGCAGGCGCCCUGCAAAGGGGUCGUCGCCCGAGGAGGAGGACGCCGCAAAAAGACUUCGUCAUGGCAAUUGCUACUCGUCCACAUGCCUGCGCAGUCCUCUCAGCGCCCCGGCCACCGAGCCGUUGGGCAUCAUGAUCUUGUGCCUGCGGCUGAUGUACGAAGGGUUCUGGGUGAACGCGUUUGCGCAUGACCAGGAUGCGGGCAUCGGACACAUAGUGCGCGGGCUGUUCGACGACGCCCUCGAGUGCCUGGACAGGGCUCAUAUUCAGAAGAAUAUGAAGAAGGCCAUCGUCAAGUUCGCUUCGGGCUAUGCUAGCAGGGCUUGUCGGUACUUUGCGUGGGUCGUACGGGAAGCCAGGGAGGUGGUGGAGCGAUGCGUGGACGACAGCAUCACCCUCGCAGAGGCUUUUACAGAGGGCUUUGCGCACCUCGUGUUCCACCUACAAGGCGUUCACAAGUACUGUUCCUCGGGGUGCGCCGGGGCCGAGGAACAUGUUGCGGAAGGAGAGGAGCCUCGGGCUGGGAACGUGGAACAACCUGACAUAUUCGACAUAGAAGAACUCCGGGUGGACUCCGAGCCUGACUUGGGUGCAACUGCGAUGCCGCAAAACCCCGUCACGAGGGCGACGCCGGGUGCCGGUGACGCCGAGGCCUCAUCGGCGGCAGGUGUCGGCGAAGAUGUCGCCAAGAAGGGCGGAAAGAAAAGUCUGCGACCGUGUAGGGGGUCGCAAUUCACGGCCGCCAGCCUCAGACAGACGUUGGACGACACGGUCAGCCUGUCCAAGGUCAAGGAGCAGCUGUGGGUCAGAGUCUCGUUGACGAUACUCUUCUUCAGGGCGGCAGGGGGGGCGGAGUCUCUCUCCGAUAGGGGGAAGGCAAUGCUCGACAGCUUUUACCAGGCGGUAAUGGAUGCCACGGGCGCAGCGCGGCGAGUCUCAGAUGUGGCGGAUUCCACUCGCGCCGAUCUGGAACGGGCAUGCGCGGGAGUACACGGGCACAUGUCGGAGAAGGAAAAACGGACAACACAAGUACCGCUCGCUGGCAUCCCAGGGCCUUGGGAGCCUGCCCGGACCGAGGAAGGCUACACUAGCCCGUGUGAUGGACCUGCACGGCUAGUGCAAACCAGGGAAAUCCAGGGGCGCAAGGAGGCGUACAUCGGAGCGUCGGCAGCAGUUCUGGAGGCAGAAAGGAUAUUCCGGAAAGAGACGGGCCGCACACUGACGGUGUCUGUGGUCGGAUCCUCUCAGCGCGAAACGUAGGUUCUACGGGUGCAACAUUGUCCUUCCGCAGGGUAUCCGAUUUCAAUACGUACAUGUUCGGCGCACUACUAGGACGAAGGACAAUCACGCCGACACCCCAUAGUCUUCAACUUACUCGUACACACCCCGGCUGAGUAGAACACAGACGACCCCUUCUAUCCGACAUUAGUGUGACACCCUUACCGCCCUCUUUUGACACGAGGAAAAAUCCCACGGCCCAUCGACUUUUCGUUUUGACCCAGCAGAUGCAAGAAAAAUUCACUUCAACCCUCAACACAACCGCAUGCGCCCGGCACCGUGUUUCUGUACCCCAACAGGUCCUCCGUGCGUCACCAGGCAUGGUCGGACAGUCGUCAGUGGACCUUCUUCUCGCACUGCU